GAUGAGCUAGAGCCUUAUGAGAAGCUCUUAUCUCCUCUUGCCAAAAGACGUUACAGACCAACAAUGACUCACUACUCUCUCAGAGGACUUCAAACCGAAGACUCAGCCACUGCUACAUCAGUUGUUGAGGAGUCGCCUCAUAAGAAGCAGAAGAAUAAGAGAAGGAAGCACUCGUUCAGUUAUCACAGAUCAACUGGCAAUGGGCCCUCUGCUUAUCAAGUACAGAGACACAGGCCAAGCACUCUGAGACACAAAACACAUCAGGGGUCCAGUACCUCCAGUAGUGAUGAAGACUCAGACGAGGCUCGAUUCAAGCGUCGUAAGAAGAGAAGCAUGAAGAGGUCCCGCUCCGAGUGCCUCCCAAUGAACUUCACACAAGACGACAUCACAACAGGACCAACAAGAGACAGAGUAGCCAUAGGAGCCAGUCUAGCUGACAUCAACCCAAUGACUAUUGAUAGGGACACUAACUUUAAUAGCAUUGGGGGACUAACUGGGCAUAUUAGGUCACUGAAGGAGAUGAUUGUGUUUCCUCUUCUUUAUCCGGAGGUGUUUGAGACAUUUCAUAUAUCACCUCCUCGUGGGGUUCUGUUUCACGGACCACCUG